UGAUUGUUGUUGUCCCUGUGAGCGCCUCCCGUCCCUCCCUUUCUCUCCCCCUCCUGCUGCCGCCUUCCCACCUGGCUUUCCCGGGCUGCGGCGCGGGUCUGGCGGCGGGUAUGGGCAGCGCGGGCCGGGCGGGCUCAGUGACUCGCCAACGGCUGAGCAGUGAGGAAGAGAACGGGACAGCGGCUCACACACCUGCUCCCCACACCGGACCAGUCCACAGCUGCAACACCCCCCGAGCCGGCCUGAUUCUAGUGAACUUUCAAAAUCGCAACGGCUAUUGUAGCGGCGGGCACGUACCAUCGGCAGCACUGCGAGGGGUGUUCUCUCCCGUGUCGGUGGACAAGCAGGUGACACCGGGAGCACUUGAAGAACACUAUGGAAAGGUGUAAGGUCCCGGGCAGGGGUGUUUAGGAGCCCGCUGACUCACAUUACACUGUGCUGAAUCAUAACGCUAAAAGAGCGUCUCUAUCUACUACCUUAUUUGCCUCAACGUGGCGAUUACCGUGGCAUAACCAGAUGAGAGGACCUGUGCCAGGACAGAUACCAGAGGGCACAAAGGCGACCUUGUUAGGGGCGAGGGUUUACAGAGCACUACCAGAGACAAGUGGCCUCUCCUGCCCUGCUAGUGACCCAGGCCUCAUGUGCGCAUGCGCGGUGCUGGACAGCUCCUGAGAGGGAAAUUUAAAAACGGUUUGGGGACCAGAUAGAAUUCACACUACAAAGAGGAGGACGCGGCCGGAGACUGGACUGCUACACUGCACCGGAACCCCGACACCACAGAAUUUUCUUCUUAAAGAUGAUAGACAGUGACAUCUCAGGAAUUAUGUCUGGCAUUAUCAGGACAUCAGAAGAAAAUCGCCCCCCCAGCCAGGAAUACAGGCUAGUGCCCUCUGACCCUUCCCAAAUGCGAGAAGAUGAUCUUCCGAAUGACUUACAGUCACUGUCAUGGCUGACCUCUGUGGAUGUGCCCAGGUUACAGCAAAUGACCAGUGGAAGGAUGGAGUACAGUAUGAACUCGCAGAAUAUAGUUAUACCACAGCAAGGUCAACCCUCAAAUACCAUGUCUGGACAAAUGAUUCAUAUACCAGCAAGUAUGCAGCAAGGCAUCCUGGGUCUUAACACAAUGACUUCCCAUGUUUCCAAUAUCAGCCAGUACACGAUGGGUGGACAUCAGUCUCCCAGCCUUCAGUCACCACAGCCUUUGUAUCAGUCCCAUUCACAGCAGGUCUAUGCACUAUCUCAGGGCUCCCAGCAGUGUUCUGCUGGAUUAUUUAAUAAUUCCUACAGAGCACAACCUCCUUUUCCUCAAGCACGCCUGGCAGCUCAUUCUACACAGGACCUACACCCAAAAAACUACCCUAAGCCUAUAUAUUCAUACAGCUGCCUUAUUGCAAUGGCCUUAAAGAACAGCAAGACUGGCAGUCUGCCCGUGAGUGAGAUCUACAGCUUCAUGAAGGAACACUUUCCAUAUUUCAAGACAGCACCUGAUGGCUGGAAAAAUUCAGUGCGACACAACCUCUCCCUGAACAAAUGCUUUGAAAAGGUGGAGAAUAAGUUAAGUGGAUCUUCUCGCAAAGGAUGUCUGUGGGCACUGAAUCCUGCUAAGAUAGAGAAGAUGGAAGAGGAGAUGCAGAAGUGGAAGAGGAAAGAUCUCCCAGCCAUUCGCAGGAGCAUGGCUAACCCAGAUGAACUGGACAAACUGAUUAUGGACAGACCUGAAAACUGCAAAGCUCCAAGCAAGUUGGCAACCUCAGAACCACCAGUAAUGACAAAUAUAGGAAGCAUUCCCAUCCAGCAAGUUCAGCCACACCCAGUCAUGACAUUGUCUUUGCAGUCCAUACCAUUGCACCAUCAAAUUCACACUCAGUCUAGGAUUGCAUCGAGUUCUCCUGCACCUGCCCAAAGCCCUCCUCUACAUGUGGUUCAAGACAUGACUCAAAGCCCGAUGCACCAGCAUAUGAUAAGUAGGGCGGCUUCUGACUUCCUCAGCAUUACCUCGGACAUGAACACAGAGGUGGAUUCCAUUGAUCCCAGCAUUAUGGAUUUUGCUCUCCAAGGUAACAUCUGGGAAGACAUGAAGGACGACAGCUUCAAUCUGGACACAUUGGCAGCUUUCAGCAACUCUCCUCUGCAGCUGUCAGACUGUGAUUUGGGGACCAUAGGUCUGACCCCAGUGUCUAGUAGCAGUGACCAUUCCUUCACAGACUUCCAAGUAACCAGCCUGUAUACUACAUAUGCCAAUUUGGACAAUUCAACACCCUCCCAGUGUGUGACGGGACAAGGCAAUAAACCCAUUGCUCUGUUGUAAAUCUGCAUAUGCACCAGAACCAAAAUGACUUGGAACAGAAUGUGAAAGUGAACACAGUUUACACAUAUAAAGACUACUGUACACAUUUCCAGUGCUGCCUUGUUUAUCUGGUUUGGCAUUUUUGACAAGAAAUUUGCAUAUCUUUUAUCUAUUUUCCUAUACCUAUUCUUCUUGAUUUAAGUAAAGAGAAAGAUACCACUUAUUUUUGGGUAUAGAGACUUUUUUUUUUUUUAUUUGGAUCUAUUUUCUCUACUGUAAAAAAAAAGAUCAUCAACUGUGAAAGGCUCUAUAGUAUUCAUCACACAGACGUCCUGCACUAAAAUCUUAAGUACUUCAAUGUGGCCAAAUAACAGAAUACCAGAUCAGUAGCACUGAUGAGAAUCAUGGAACAUAUCAGUACCUGGUUGCUUGGCACUGAACAGAUUAUUGUGUAUGUAGCAUACCUGCUGGACUGAAUGCAAAGUGUCAGAGUUUCACUGUGAGCAGCUUUAUACUAACUAAACUCCUUAUAUACAAUAAAGACAGAAUCAUUGCACCCACUUUAUUUACAGGGAUAAAUUUACACUACAGACAAAUGUGGUGUUUUUUUUUUACUUACCGUAACCAGGAUUGCACUAAAACCAAUAUCAUGCUUUUUGGGCUGCAAUAAGUGUGUGAUAAAGAAAUAAGUGCAAUGUGCCAGGGGCGAUUUUUUUUCUUUCUUUUGGAUCAAAAAAUAAUAAAAUUAAAAAUCUGUCAAAAAAGGUCUUUGAGUGCCUCAGUAAGGUCCCACGCAUCUCUGUGUGCCCUCUCAUGACUUGUUAAAACUUCACACAAUCCAGCCAUGUGCAUGAAGUCUAAACUGUAUCAAACCGCACAUAUAAUACCUGCAGAGAACUCACCUGAAUGUGAAGGAUGAAGACAACCUUGCCCUAAAACUAGAGGAACAAGUUUAUUACUGUCUUACAUGUUCAUCUUUUCCAAAUUUGUUACAGAAAAGAACUUUUUAUAAGGGCCACAAUCCAGUGUAAUUCCCUGGCUCAUCUACAAUAUUCAGGGUAAACAUUUAUAAUACUUCUCAGAAUAUCACAAAAUCCAGACUUAGUUUGCCAAACCAUUCAUCGGCCUUUGUGCUUUGUAUCAUUGUCAAAAUCACUGUACAAAAUGUAUUCUUCUCCGACUGUUCCUCAGCUUCGUUGUAGGCUGGUAGAAUAGAUUUACCUUGUUUUUUUUUCUAUGUGUAAUAAUAUUGUACUAGGCAGUAUUAUGUGUACAUUUAUUUAUAUUUAUUAUUUUCAACAGAACAAUGUAAAUUAAGCAACUUAUUAUUUCUGUGAAGCGUCUGUUAUGUUUUUGUAUUUGUAAUGUCUUCUACUAUUAGUAAAGACUUCAUUGAGAAAUGA